GAAGCUGAUGCAUUUGCAAGGAUGAACAAACUAAAACUUUUUCAGCUCAAUCGUGUACAUAUUAGUGGGCCCUAUAAGAAGUUUCCCAAAAGAUUAAGAUAGUUGUGCUGGCGUGGAUUCCCACUUAAGUCCAUACCUGGUGAUUUCCCCUUGGAGAGCAUGGUUGCUCUUGACAUGCAAUAUAACCGCUUAAAAUAUGUAUGGGAAGGAACCAUGGUAUGUUACUACUUUUUUUCUUCCAUUCAAAUUUCUUUGGAAAGUGAAAUGAAGGCUAUGAUACCCACCUUUUGUCCCCUUUCUUUGGCAGUUUCUAUGGUCGUUAAAAAUCCUCAAUCUAAGUCAUUCAUAUAACCUUGCAAAAACUUCUAACUUUUUAGAACUCCCAAAUCUUGAGAGGCUAGUGCUUAAAUGUUGUACAAGUUUGGUUGAGGUUCAUGAAUCCAUUGGACGCCUUGAGAGACUUGUUCUGUUAAAUUUGGAAGACUGCAAAAAUUUGAGAAAUCUUCCGAGAAGCAUUUAUAUGCUAAAACAUUUGGAAACGCUUGUUAUCUCUGGUUGCUCGAAUCUCAAUGGAUUGCAGAAAAACAUGGAAUAUAUGGAGUCUUUAAUUGUGCUCAAGGCAGAUGGAAUUGCUUUGACUCAUUCUCUUCCAACUAAUGGGCAGGUGAAUGCAGUGCAAUCUUUCAUCUGGCCUUGGCAGUUGAAGCCAAGAGAAAAUUCAAAAAUUUCGUGGCUUUCUUUACCACAGUCCUUGGUAAAAUUAAGCCUUUCGAAAUGUAAUCUAUCGGAUGAUGAAUUUCCCAGAGACCUUUCCAAUCUAUACUCACUGGAGGAACUAGAUCUGUCAUCUAAUCAAUUUUGUAGCCUCCCAGCUUUUAUCAGAGGUCUUACUAAGCUUGAGUCCUUAUACAUACUUUCUUGCCCAAGGCUCCGCAAACUUGAUGGGGUCCCGCAACUAGGUCAUAUUUAUUUUGGAGGUAAUAGAUUGCUGGAGGAACUAACGUUUCAAAUCUCGCACCAACCAACAACCACUUGUCAUGGGGACACAUGCAACAUCCACAAUGCAACCAUAAAGAGAUUUUGAGUUUACUCAAAUUAGAAUCCAUUAAGAAUGUAGCUGAGAUCGUUAACGAUUUGGGCUUGUCGAACUUGAAAUCUAUGGGAAACCUAACUGUAAAGCUAACAUCAUGGGGUGGCAUGCAACGAAGGAGGUUCCCCCUCCAAGCAUGCA